AUGUACGUGAGAGCGUUGCCGACGACGGAUGUAAAUCGGAACACGGAAUGGUUCACGUAUCCAGGGGUGUGGACGACUUACAUCCUCAUCCUCUUCUUCUCAUGGCUCCUCGUUCUCUCCAUCUUCAACUGCUCCCCUGGCAUGGCCUGGACCACCGUCCACCUCGUCCAUUUCGCCGUUACGUAUCAUUUGUUUCACUGGAAGAAGGGAACACCGUUUGGGGAUGACCAGGGGAUCUACAAUAGGCUGACUUGGUGGGAACAGAUUGAUAACGGCAAGCAACUCACUCGCAAUCGCAAGUUCCUCACUCUUGUUCCCGUUGUCUUGUACUUGAUAGCAUCGCACACGACAGACUAUCAAAAUCCCAUGCUGUUUCUGAACACGCUUGCUGUAUUUAUAAUGGUGGUUGCAAAGUUCCCGCACAUGCACAAGGUUCGCAUCUUUGGAAUCAAUGCAGACCAGUGAAAGCACCCAAUUGCGGUUAAGCUAUGAGAUACGAUGUGGUAAAUCAAUCUGAGCAUGAUGCCUUUACAUGGAAAUACAUAUGCCACUUUUUUCUUCUUCUCCUUAGAUUUUUCUGUUUUUUCCUUACUAAUGUAAAAACCAAAUAAGUCAUUCAAGAGUGGCUUUGUAAGUCUGAAUCCGUGGUUUAGUGAUUUCUUUCAAAAAUCAUAUACUAAUAUACAUAAUAUACAGUCGACAUAGUCACUUUAGACUUUAGAAUUGUUUCUAUGCAUUUC